CUUUCAGCUUUAUUUCAAGCUUAAAUGUAACCUGAUGUAGUCAGUAUUUAAAGUCAGGCUCUGUUAUUGACUGAAAACAGCGACAGACUCAGACAUUUAGAACAAACUAAGAGUCGGAUCAGCACAAAUACUGACACAGAGAUGGCUGCUGGCACUGCGCUGCUCUGCUGCUCUUUGCUGUUCGUCCAUGUCUUCGUCUCUGCAGACCAGAAAAACAUCACAGCUGAGUCUGGACAGAACGUCACUCUGACAUGUCGAGCUCCAAACAACAAGAUCAAAUUUUUAAAGUGGACAAAAGCUUUCCUGUGGUCAGAAGCUGUCAUUUUGCACUGGGAUGGUCCCUUUGAUCCAUUUUACCAGCAUCCAUCUUUUACAAACCGGAUGGAUCUGCAGGACAGACAGAUGAAGGAUGGAGACGUGUCUUUGAUUCUGAACAAUGUGACGAUUAAUGAUGCUGGAACAUAUGAGUGUCAUGUCUUCAUGGAAAAAAUAUGGCGAUGGCAGUCCAUUAGCAUCAUCUACCUUAGUGUUGUUGUUCCUCCAGACAAACACACCACCACACCUCCACCUACAUCCGCAGCUCAUCCUGGUUCUACCUCCAUCACUCUUCCUCCAUCACUCUCUCCUCCUCCUCUCUCUGUACUGUUGCCUGUUGGAUCAGUCUAUGUUGUGGUUCUACUGGUGUUACUGGUUCUGCUGGUGAGACGAUGUGUUCACAGGAAACUUGAAGAUGGAGAAGAUGACAUCACCAGUAGCAUCACAUACAGUGUUGUGAAGUCAUCAAAUCAUCAACAGCCUCCAGUCAAAGAAGCCAGAGAGAGAGAGACUGAUUCAGCUGUGAUCUACUCAGCAGUGAGAACUGAAGACGUCAGUUAUGGACAAACAACCAUCAGAACAAGGAGGCCCAGACUUUAAACCAGAGCCAGACGUCAUCUACUCUUCACUGCUUCACUGAAGUAGUCCACCAGUCCAACCACUGAAGUCCAGCUGCUGGUCUCUAACUGGUCCCCCGAGCACCUCAGACCAGAGGACAUCCACAUGUUACAGAUUUAUGAUGACUCUGAUGACCCAGAACUACUUACUGGAAGUCAGUUCUUGACUUGAUGUUUGUUGGCUUUUGUUCCUACAGCAGUUUCUCUGCAGGAUUAAUAAACUUUUGCUCUCAGAUUUUUUCCUCAUGUGGUUCUGUGGGUUUCACAAAGACGUCUGAUGGAGAAUUUGACUUGUUCUGGUUUGGCUGUGGCGAACAGUCAGACACGUGCCUUCAUAGCAGAAACAAACA